AGGUGUUAGGCUCUUAAAAUGUUCAACAGUAUAAAAAUGAAAAAAAAGCAUUAUUUUUUUGGUGAACUUGUUUACACACAAGUUUAGUUAUUUUGCUAACAAUAGUUGUUACUAUUCCAGACUAUUUACGGUUUAUCUCGGAAAAUUAGUGGAAAAAUUAGUGGAAAACCCGGAUUGCCCGUUUUUGUGACCUAAAAAUAACUUUAAAAAGUUCUGAUAUAAAUAUAAUGUACAAAUAAUAAAUUUUAAUUUCUAAUAAUGAUUUUUUGUAUUUAAUACUUUUAAAAGUUUUAAUAUGGGUGUUAAUAAUAAUGAAGGUGAAAACUUUUUUAAUAAAGUAAUUCAAUCGUUUUCGCCUGGAAUUCUAUAUGGUUGUGCUUAUGGAUCUGGUGUAUUUAAACAAAACGGACACACAUCAGUUAAAAAUAACAUGAUAGAUUUUAUCUUUGUUGUUGAAAAUAGUUUAUUGUGGCAUCAACAAAAUCUUUUAAAGUACCCACACCAUUAUUCAUUCGUAAGGUAUUUUGGUACAAACUUUGUUUCUUUUUUAAAUAAAAACUAUGGAGCAAAAGUUUAUUUUAACACACUAAUUGAGUUUGAUAAAUCAUUAAUUAAGUAUGGUGUUAUUGAAAUCAAGGAUUUUGUUAAAGAUCUUCUAGAAUGGAAUACUUUAUAUAUAGCUGGAAGACUUCAUAAGCCAGUUGUUGUUUUAAACUCAAUAACUGACAACUUAAUAUUGAAAUCAAUCGAUGCAAAUUAUUUGUCAGCUUUAAAUACUAGCUUAUUAUUGUUGCCAAAAAUAUUUAGCGAAGAUGAAUUGUAUUUAACUAUAGCAGGUUUAUCGUACACAGGAGAUCCUCGAAUGAUUGUAGGUGAGGAUAAAGGAAAAGUCAAAAAUAUUGUUCUUCCAAAUAAAGAUAAAUUUCAAAAGUUAUAUCAGGAUAUUUUUCUCGGAAAUAAAUCUCUUUGUUUGAGCAAUGGUGUAUUUGAACAAGAUAUUUCUUUAGAUGCACAGUUAAGUUUACUCCAAUUGUUGCCAAAAAAUCUUCUUUAUAAAAUAUCUUUCUUUAGCUCUGCAGUUUCAGAACGUGACUUUAUAUUAUUAAUAAAAGAUAGACCCAAAUUUCAGAAUGUUAUUCAAAAAAGUAUUUCAAGUAUAGUGUCAUCAUCAAGUACUACACAAACUCUUAAAGGAGUACUAACAGCUGGAGUGCGCAAAUCUGUUUUAUACAGCUCAUCAAAGCUUUUGAAAAUGUUUAAAGGAUUUUUGAGAUAAAUAACUUUAUAGUUUUAUUGUAUUAUACCUAUUUUGUUAAAAAAUUUUUUAAAUUUUAAUUUGAA